GUAAUUGAUUUUUUGUUAACCUUUGUGAUAUUUUCAGAUGACGAUACUCAUGAUGAAGAUGCUGAUGGCAUCCAGAAGCUUCUUCAGUCCAGUUUAAGUCCUCGUCAUUCUCCCAUGCCUUUUCAUCAUCAGUUAAGACAGAGUAUUAGAAGUAGUAUGCUAAAAGAGGUGAGGACAUUUACGAUACAUUGUGAUAUCUAUAGUGCUCCACUGGGGCGCAGGAAGGCUUUUACGCGCAGUUUGAAGUGAAUCACGAUCAUGCAAAUUAAACAACGCACGACCAACAUAAAAGAAAAAUGACCGAUAGAGAUAGAUAGAUAGACAGACAGACAGACAGACAGACAGACAGACAGACAGACAGACAGACAGACGGACGGACGGACGGACGGACGGACGGACGGACGGACGGACGGACGGACAGACGGACAGACAGACAGACAGACAGACAGACAGACAGACAGACAGACAGACAGACAGACAGACAGACAGACAGACAGACAGACAGACAGACAGACAGACAGACAGACAGACAGACAGACAGACAGACAGACAGACAGGCAGGCAGGCAGGCAGGCAGGCAGGCAGGCAGGCAGACAGGCAGGCAGACAGACAGACAGACAGACAGACAGACAGACAGACAGACAGACAGACAGACAGACAGACAGACAGACAGACAGACAGACAGAUAGAUAGAUAGAUAGAUUGUUUAAUAAUUCACUUUUUGCAGUACAAAUACUGAAUUGGUAAGCGAUUACAAUAUAAAUAAGACUGAAUACAAAUUAUAUUACAUUUAAAAAAUUACAACCUAUGCUAUGGCUUACUAAGAAGAUUAUAAAUAUUAAAACUAACACUAAUUUGUUGAAUUACGAUUAUUUAUGUCUAAACAACUAGCGAUGACAUACGAAUUCUUAAAACGUUCAGCAUAGAAUUUCGGAACAUGUAUAUCUUCUUGUUGUUUCGUAAUUGGUAAUUUAAUGUAAUUUAUUAAAUUAUGAAGUUUAUGGUUCGGGUUAUUUAAAAUUUGAUUAAAAAGUUUAUUGCAGGCAAUUUGCCUCCUAGCGUACAAUGACUCCAUCCCAGCAUCCAUCAAUGCAUCUUCGUAAUGUAAGUUCGAAUAACUGAUGAGGAAUAAAUUAUUUUAUAUAUUGUUUUUUAAAUAUAGAUUCCUUCACCGGUUAAAGAGAAUGGCUACGACCCUCAAAACUACCAAUCAGAUAAUCACCUUGAUAUUCUUAACCAAUCAACAGCAAGCUCGUGGAGGUUUGAUACAUCAGACAGCAGUAGUAGCUUCAAUCAAACUCAACAAGAUCUCGAAGAUUCUUUGAAUAACACUAGUUUUCCGAAGGCAGUACGACAUAUAGCGGCAAUUGCCGAUAUCCCUGUGGUUGAUGAUAAUGAUGAGGAUGGUCAUUCAGAUUGUAGUGACGAUACGACGUGUAGUGCAUGGAGAACACCGCCUCAGGACAUGAGAGGAAAUAAAUAUCAAAAUGAAAUGAAGGUACAGGAUUUUCUAAAAAUACUAAUUUGUUUUACGCGAUGUGAACGGUAAAUGGAAGCAGACAGUCUGAGUAUGCAUCCACACCGGGCAGGCUGAAAAGUUAGCUUGGCCACGAUGGGAAUCGAACCCGCCACCUUUGAGAUACUAGUCCAGAAAUGUUGGUGGAUAUAGGAGUAAGCAAAUUAAACGAAAUAUUUCUCAAUUCUAUUAAACACAAGACAACUACAUCUAAUGAAUUACCCUAGUGCUUAGUCAGACCCGUAUAUUUACUAAAUUUCAUGGUCGUGAUAUGAUACUUCAAUAAAGAUGUAAAUUCAACACCGAAGCCGACGCUUGACUUGUUUACAGAAAAUGACGUUGUUUUGUCUUUCUUGCCAGCCUCUUGGUCAAGAACCUGAUCUCACAGCCACGAUAUGCAUGGACCCACGUGAUUACUGCGAUGUGUUCAGUCCACCGAUCAUACUCGGAACUCCAAAUAAAGAAAACAACAGCGGUAAGAUCAUUUUUCAAUUUGUUCUGCUUGGUCUUGUUGGAAGACCUGUACAUUGAUUUUUAUGAUAGGCAGGAUACUUGAAUGUACAGGGAAGAGGUUGAUUAGCUUACCAGAUGAUGCCUGCCGCCCCCCCCCCCCCCAGAUCUCUGCGUUUGGGGGCCUUAAAACAAUCUAACGACAGCCAUCAAACUUUUUAAAUUUCACUUUGUCAUCUUGCUUCAAUGACGUCACGCCCUUAUGAUAUAGGUUGUGUAAAAAUGAGAUGUUUUGUUUACAAAUUUUCACCAAAGGUGUAUCAUUGGAAGUUUCUUAUUUGGUGCAAGUUUGAGAUUGACUUAGCAUGAUGCCAGGGUUUUUUUCAGGGAUUUUUUAGGGCCGUAAAACGGCCCCAAAAACUCAAUCUUGAACUGAGUUUUGAAACUCAAUCUUCUCACCAAAGUUUCAGUGCAGUAAAAAUGAAGUUGUUUGAGUUAAAUUUGUGACGUGUGGAAAUGAGUUUUCAGUUGGAAACCCGAUAAUUGAGAAAAAUGGCUGGAAUUCAUCUCACAACACAAGAAAAACUACGCAUUCGCCAUCUUUAACCAGUUUAUAGUGUCCCUUAGUGCCCCUGCUUUAACACAUUGCGUCUCAACUACAUUUAUUUAGUACAGGUGUCAGCCACCCAGGGGGGGGGGGGGUGUGCAGCCACCCCAACUGUUCAGCUAAACUCAAUGUUCUCUGCAAAAAAACAGAAAAUCCGGAAAAAACCCUGGAUGCGACUUGAAUGCAUAGCAAACAUUCUAAAACUUCUAACACAAAUCAACAUUGCGUUUCUUUUUUCCAGCUAUUUCCAAUUUAUCACCUCUGAAAUCUCCAUACAAAUUCCCCGCGAAUCACCAAGAAGAAGAGGAACUGGAUCUGUUGUAUGAUCCGUGUCUGAACUGCUAUUUCGAUCCAACGACACAUAAAUAUUACGAACUCGCCUAAACAAAUAAACUCACAGCUAAAUAAAUGUGCCCCAAAACAACAAUGAGAACACGUACGCCAUAUGGACAUAGGUCGCUUAAUUAAAAAGGUCUCAGUUUUUAGUCAUAGAAACCAAAUUUGCUUUAUUGUCUUGUUUUAUACAUGUGUGGGAUUUGUGUAAUAGUGAAGUAGGUUUAUUUGUCUUCCAGUGACAGUGUAUGUAAGACAAGUCGAAGAGAAUAUAUAUAUAUAAUAUAAACUGAUAAAUUGUUAAUAUAUUUGUCAAAAUAGAAAUCAAAUCAUAUUUGUGAUACGUAUACGCUGAAGUUAAUAAAGUAAAUUGAUGACAAUUAUAAACAUGUUUUGGUAAAUUUAUCAGAC